UUUUGUGAGGUUAUUAAUCCGUAAACAAUUGUGAAGAUUUAUUAUAAAUGUUAUGAUAAGGGUAAUUGUUAAUUCAAAUCAAAAAACGGACUUGAUACAGAAUUACCAUAUAUUUUAUUAAAAGUAUAAAGGUUUAUAUCACACACUUUGAAUGACGACAACUGAAAGUAUAGAAGAUAUUCAAUAGACUGAUUCAGCCAAUGUUUUCUCUACUCUGUGGUACCCUAAUGACGGUUCCCAAAUAAGAAAUGAUAAAUGAACAUUAGGAAGUCAUCCAAACAAUUUCGAUCACAAAAAUGACAUUCAAAAAAGGUGUUGAAGCCAAAGUGUUUCGUGCAAUUCAACAUGUCGACAUGGAAGUCUUGGCCAAAUGUACAGAACAAGAGAUCAGACCAGUCUUACCCUGUCUUGUUAGAAUGGGGCUGAUAUCACCUCUUGAUACUUCUAAAAAAUGUAUGAACAUGAAAGUCACUAUUUUGACUGUAGUAUCGGGAAUGGAACUUGUGAAUUCAAUAGUGGCGUUACUAUCCAUUGAUUUUCAUAAACUAGAAACAGAUGUAAAAAAAGAGCAGCAGUUGAGGCAGAAGGGAAACACCAUUCAAAAUGAUUCUAUACUCAUUGGAAACUUGUCUAAUACCAGUAUGGCACUAGAAUAUGAAAGAAGUGAUAUGACUCGCCGUUCCGGAAUCCUAUUAGGUGAAAUACUAUACAUUCAAUCCCAAAUACAAGAAGCUGCAGAACCAACUACAUCUGACCAUGAUCCUUAUAUUAAAACUUCGGAGUUAUUUGACAAUGAUAUCUUUGCAGAGGAACUAUCUGAUAUAAUUUGCAUUGCUCUAGCUGAAUUGCCAACCACUUUAAAUAUAUUGUCAAUUACAGAGGCAUUACUACAUGUACAUAAUGGACCUGCUAUCAUCUGCAGAUUGGUAGCCAAUUUUCCAGAUUGUUUUAAAGAAGUUACCACAUAUCUGAUUCAAAGUGGGGAAAAACAAGAAGAAAAUAUUUCUAGUGUAGUCAGAGCUAACACUAUAUCUCUUCUGUGUAAAAUGAAUCCCUCACAAGCUCUGUCGAUCAGAAGCAAGUGUGUGGAUCUUUGUAGAAUGCCAGCAUUAGCUAUAAGUUUGUCUUUGAAGCACAAUGAUAAUAGUGGUGAUAUGGAUGCUGAUGGGGAUAUGGUAGCUUUUAUUUCUGGAUUAUUGCUAGGCAAUGAUCAAACCAUAAGAAAUUGGAUAGCCCUAUUCAUUCGUACUGGCCAAAAAAGAAAAGGAGAAAUUUCAAGUAAUGCCCUCCAUCAAUUGAGAGAAGAACUACUAAGACGUUUGCAGAAAAUUCUUGAAUCUUCACCAGAAGGUGAAUUACCAGAUACCAUGGUAGUUCAGGCCUCUGCAUUACUUCGUCUUUAUUGUGCCCUAAGAGGCAUAGCAGCAAUCAAGUUCCAAGAUGACGAAGUAAAUCUUAUUGUGCAACUUUUGACCUCUCAUCCAAAUCCUACGCCAGCUGGUGUUCGAUUUGUAUCAAUUGGUCUUUGUAUGUUGAUUGCAUGUCCUUCUCUAGUAUCUCUGCCAGAACAUGAAAGGAGGAGCAUUGAAUGGGUUCAAUGGCUUGUUAAAGAAGAGGCCUAUUUCGAAUCUGCCAGCGGUGUAACUGCCUCUUUUGGAGAAAUGCUCCUCCUUAUGGCGAUCCAUUUUCACAGUAACCAAUUGAGCGCCAUUUGCGAUCUCGUGUGUUCAACUCUGGGAAUGAAAAUUGUCAUCAGACACAACAAUAUGACACGGAUGAAGCAGGUUUUCACCCAGGAAAUUUUUACAGAGCAGGUGGUCACAGCUCAUGCAGUCAAGGUGCCUGUUACCAACUCACUGAAUGCUAAUAUGACAGGAUUCUUGCCCAUCCACUGUAUACAUCAGUUGUUGAAAUCCAGAGCUUUUGCAAAACACAAUGUUAAUAUUAAAAGCUGGAUAUACAAGCAAAUUUGCACAAGUGUCAGUCCUCUGCACCCCGUUUUAAGGAUGUUAGUCGAAGUAUAUGUCAACAGUAUCAUAUUGCCGAAUGCCAAAAAUUCAGAGCACACCAACAAGCCACUGACUGAAAAUGAAAUAAGAAAAGUGUUCCAGAGCUCCAUUUUUGGUCAAUACUUUGAUCAAAAACAAUCAAUUUUCACAAUGGAUUUCGACUUGAAUUCAGAAAACCAAGACGUUUAUGUAGACAAUACAAGUUUAACUCCACAGCUUCUGUUGUUGUACUAUCUUCUCCUCUAUGAGGAUUGUAGAUUGAACAAUGCUCACAUCCUAGCAACCUCUGGCCGUAAAAUCAAGAGAUAUACUCCGGAGUUCAUGUCCGAGUUGCCUAUCAAAUAUUUACUCCAUCACGCUCAGAAAGAUCAAAGUUCAUACUCAGGUUUAUUCGGCCCUCUCCUAAAACUUCUCGCCACCCAUUUCCCUCAUCUAACGCUUGUCGAAGACUGGCUCGACGACAUGGCCAUCCGUACAGAAUAUAAGCCAGUUCAAUUGAGUGAACUCACCGUAAUUGAAGCUUUUAACGAAAUUGAAUCAAAACCUUCCAAGUGCGCGAAGCUCUUGCAAACAUUGCUGAAACAAGAAGCUAUUGACAUUUGGCCAUUUGUUGAGAUAAUAGCUCAAAACUCCAGAAACUUCCUGAGUGACAGUGUUCCUCGAUAUCUGCAAGAUCUGUACAAAGAUGUUUGGUUCAGGCUUAAUACUGUGUUGCCGAGGAGGUUGUGGGUAUUAACUUUGAAAAACCUGGUAGAUCAUGUUUCUAAUUUGACCAGGAUUGACGUAGCUGAGGAUCCACUCCAGAUAAUGCGAUGCGACAAAAGGGUUUUCCGUUGUGCCCCUUUAUACUCAAUAGUUCUGAGGGUUCUAAGGGCCAGUCUUGCUUCGUCCAGGAGUCAACUAAUGCAGCACCUACAGUCUAAUUUGAGGUUAGAUUCGUCAGGUCAGGUAAUGAGUGAAACUGAUAGAGACGAGAUGUGCAGAGCUUGUAUUGCAGCUCAGGAAGCAGCUGCUAUCCAAAUGUUAAUAGAAACUUGUUCUGAAACGGAACAAGACAAAACUAUUCCAGGACGACAGUGGGCCCUUCAAGAAGUCAGGUCACUGGUGUGUUGUUAUUUGCAUCAAGCUUUCAUUGCUGAUACCAUGCUUUGCAAGCUGGUUCAUUUUCAGACUUAUCCAAGUGAGUUACUAGAAGUUGUGAUAAAAGGUGUACCUUCGAUGCAUAUUUGCUUGGAUUUCCUUCAGGAAUUGAUGCAGCAACCCAGUCUCAGCAAGCAGAUAUUUGGAAUUCAACUACUGUCGCACAUUAGCUUACAGUAUGCAUUGCCAAAAAGUUUGAAUUUGUGUGUCCUAGCUCUGAAUCUACUUUACGCUUUACUUGGAGGUAUAUCUAGUGCUCAGCGUGUAAAACUAUUCAAGCCAAUUCUUCCUGCUUUGGUUCGCAUCAGUGAAGCAUUUCCUCCCUUAACAGACGAUAUUAUCAACCUACUCAUGCAGUUGGCUAGAGUAUGUGAGUCACAGGCUUCCUUGGCUUCCCAUUUUGACGCACAUCUAGGCAAGGGUCUGGAAAUUGCUUCCCAGGAAAGUGCGGAAUUGUGUGAUUUGACACAACGGACCUUCGCAGAAGUAUUAGACAAAGCUGUUUUAAAAACCAAAGUUUAUAAGCAAGAAUGAAAAAUAGUGUUGUGCAUUUGGUGUUUUACCACAGACUUUGUAAAAUUAGCUCCUCAUUAGAGACCAAGAGUAAUAUCAAAUGUUAUGGAACUUGGUUGUGUAUUGAAUUUCGUUUCAAUUGAUUAUGAUUAUUCAAAUUUAGCUAAUUGUAUUUUGUUGAGAUAAAUACAUGACUGCAAAAAUCACGA